ACAAUGCAUAUUCUAACAAAUGUAGGUAGACAGGUUAACAAAGUGCCUCUCGUUUGCAAACAAAAUCAAAACAAGUUAUUUACAAGGAGUAAAGAUCUGAUAUCAUAGUUGCAUAAACACGGAAACCGUCUUAAAAACUAGUCUGACCAACUAGCAAUCAGUGAGGAGUGAACUUGUUUUUCGGCUCUAGUAAGACUCAGGUUUAUGCAAUUGCUCACAUGUAUAGAUAAAGUGAUCUCAUCUAUGAUUUCCUUUUAAAGAUCCAAGAGAGUUUGGAAGGAGGAUGAAGCGAGUGACACCAAAGUUGUUUUUUGGAGCUGUUGUGAUUUGCAUUAUGGGACUCUACUGUAUUAUUGCUCCAGCUUCCCUGGACACACACAGUGUACCUCUGGCCCAAUGUGCACCAAACAUUAAAGUGUGGAACAAUUCGCAAAGCUUCAGAGAAGAUGUGGCCUGUGCGCCUAAAGUGAACCUGAUGUUCCUGAAGACCCAUAAGACGGGCAGCAGCACUUUAAUGAACAUUCUCCUCCGCUUUGGAGAAAAGCAUCAGCUGAAGUUCGCCCUCCCAGACAGCCGUAAUGACUUCUCCUACCCAUCCAGCUUCUUUCGAACUCAAGUGAAGAGCUACCAGCCGGGCACGUGCUAUAACAUCGUGUGCAAUCACAUGCGCUUCAAUGCGCCCGAGGUGAAGAAGCUACUCCCGGCGGACACAGUCUUCUUCACCAUCAUACGAGAUCCCGCAGAGCUUUUUGAGUCAACGUUUCACUACUUCAAAGCUUACAUACCCCAAACAUGGAGAAUACCUGGAGAAAACCAAUUGAAAGAGUUCCUCGCCCAUCCAAACCGCUACUUCAACCCAAAGGGAAUCAACGCCUUUUACCUCAAGAACCUACAGUUUUUUGACUUUGGCUUCGAGAACGAUUUGGAUGCUGGAGAUCCAAGAGUUCAACGAGGGAUUGAGUACGUCGAAAAGCAUUUUCAGUAUGUUUUAAUACUGGAGCACUUUGAGGAGUCGCUCAUUCUGCUAAAAGAAGCUCUAUGUUGGCAAAUGGAUGACUUGUUGUUUUUUAGGAUUAAUGCUCGAAACGCCACGUCUGUAGCUCUCAUGAGCCCGGAGAUGAAGACUCAAGCUCGGCAAUGGAGCAGCGCCGACUGGCAGCUUUAUCGGCAUUUUAACGCCACUUUCUGGGCCCGUGUGGAGGCGUACGGCCGGAGCCGAAUGGAGGAGCAUGUGAAGGAGCUACGCAGGAGAAACGCAGAGAUGGAGGCCAUUUGCAUUGAUGGAGGGCGAGCCGUGGAGGCGAAGGACAUCACAGACAGACACAUGAAACCCUGGCAGCCCAUUGGAAAAGCUUCCAUAUUAGGAUUCAACCUGAGGACCGAUAUUGACCAGCAGUACCAAGAGCUCUGCCGGAAAAUGCUGACACCUGAGAUCCAGUAUCUGACUGAUUUAGGAGUCAAUCUAUGGAUCACUAGAUUAUGGGGCUGGUUUAAGGAUGGUAUUAUUCAGUUUGGGAUGAGUUCAUGAAUUCAUAUAGUUUAUGUAAUUAUUCAUUCUCACUGUUCCAUAUUUAGUAGCUAUAAGUGUUAAUUUGUUGGUCGUUUCAUUUUAAAUUAUUAUUAUUAUUAUACUAAAAAAUACAAGUAAUACUGCAUAAUUACUAGCAUCAACAGUGUCAUUAGAUUAGCUACUUAAUUCCUUUCUAAAUCGCAGUUUAACAAUACUAGGAUAGAUGUGAAACUGCUCUUUUAAUUCUUUCAAAUAAAUAAUUAAAUAUUUUAAUAACUGACCAAGUUAUUUAAAUGGAGAAGGUUACAUUAAAAACUUACGAUUUAACAUUGGACAUUACAUUUUUAUGUUAAAUCCACAAUUGUUAGAAUUGUAGUACAAUCUCUAGUAUUUAAAGUACCUUUAACCCGCGGGAAAAAAAAUCAACCCGCGGCAAAAUUUUAAAAGUAGCGAAUUUGAGCCGAUUUUAGACCAUUGUUUUCAUUUGUAACGCGUCACCUAGCAACGAGGCACGUGUUUGUUUAGACAGGUGUCCUGCAAAAUAAACGGAUUUCUCCUCAUGAAGCUCAGCCUCACUCACAAGUUGAGAUCUUUAGUUAAUUUUGAUUAACUAAAUAUAUACCUAAACUGAAAAGUGUUAUUAUAUUAAUGCCAUUUUAUUGACUUGUUAUUGCUUUCUAGCACAGUAUUUUCACAUGAUUACUGCAGCACAAUUAUUAUUUUUUACAAAUUCAACUCACACCUAAUUUUAUAGCCUCAACU